AUGGAGAGUAUUAGUUUGUCUGGGCAACCUCCUCCUAUACUAUCUAGUGAGGAACUUACUGGGGUGGAAGUAGAAGCUGUGGAGAGAAAUCAAUCUCAGCAGCAAAAUGUGCCUCCUCCUCAAUCUGUUCCUUCAAAAAAAAGAAAGGAGGUUGAAACCAGAUCCCCGGUAUGGGAUCAUUUUGAGAAGGUCAAAGACAGUAGUGGAGUGGUUAUGCAUGCAAGGUGUAUUUAUUGUGCAAAAUUAUAUGGUGGUCAGUCAAAAAAGCAUGGCACAUCUUCCUUAAGGCAUCAUAUGCUUAACUGCCUAAAGAAUCUUCACUCCAAAGAUGUUAGACAAUCUCUGCUAACAUUUCAGCCUGUGGUUAGUCCUAGUCCAGAGACGGGGGUUAAUGUGGGGGUCUUAACUACUUGGGUGUUCAAUCAAGAUGCAAUUAGGAGGGCCCUAGCAGAAAUGAUACUCAUUGAUGAGCUUCCUUUCAGAUUUAUUUUUUCUGAUGAGAGGGUAAAUCUGAAGAAACUGUUUAGGACUUCCUGCCAAAGAGUUAGUAUCACAACUGAUACUUGGACAUCUGUCCAAAGGAUAAACUAUAUGUGCAUCACUGCACAUUUUAUAGAUAACCAAUGGAAGCUACACAAAAAGAUCAUAUCAUUUGUCCCUGUCACCUCACAUAGGGGGGAAUACAUUGCCAAAGCCUUAGAAACCUGUCUUCUAGAGUGGGGGCUAAAAAAUAUAUUCACUGUGACUGUUGACAAUGCCUCUAGUAAUGACACUGCUAUGGGUUUCUUCAAAAAGAAGUUGCUGUCUUGGGGGGUUUCUUCUGUGAAAUGCAAUUAUGUGCACAUGAGAUGCAUUGCACAUGUCUUAAAUUUGAUUGUCCAGGAUGGGUUAAAGGAUGUAGACAGUUCUGUAAAGAAGGUGAGGGAUGCAAUUAGAUAUGUGAGAAAUUCUCCUGCUAGGCUAAAAAAAUUCAGGGACCUUGCUGAUUUAAUAGGGGUGGAAGCCAAGUCUAGUUUGACUCUUGAUGUACCAACUAGAUGGAACUCAACCUACUUGAUGCUUAAGAAUGCAGUCACGUAUCAAAAGGUAUUUGAGGCCUAUGAAGAAAAUGAUAGUUCAUUCUCUACUGAUUUAGGUGAAUCUGUCCCAGAUUUUAUGGAUUGGUAUUCUAUUGAGCAUAUGGUGAAGUUGCUUAAAUGUUUUUAUGAGAUGACCCUAAGGAUUUCUGGUUCUUUGUAUGUGACUGCCAAUAAUUUCUUCUCUGAAAUUUCUGACUUGUCUUGCAUGCUGUCUGAAAUGGUGGAAGCUGAAUCUGCCUCUAAAUCUGAUGGGUUUAAAUAUGAAAACGAAGUUUGA